GCCGUCAAUGUCUCGCACUCCUCUUUUCCACCUCCUCCACCCGACUCGGCGGCCUCUGCUCCUCCGCCCGUUCCUCGCGACGCCGUCUCCCCAGCAGACCGGAGGGAGGCUCCAAGGAGCCGCUCCUCCUUCACAGCCUUAUGACAGACAGGGGUGAUGGACCAAUUGGCAGGCUCCUAGAACAUCUUCUUGCAGAAAUAUUCAUUCGAUUACCAGUCUGCGAGUGGGUUCAAAUAGCAUGUGUCAACCAGCAUUGGGCAAGCAUAUUUCAAGAAGAAUGCUUGUGGCAAACCGCUAUUGCAAGGAAUUGGCCAUCAGCUGGUCUCCAGAAACGUUGGCCUGGGCCAAUUCCAAGAGGUUCUGCUAGGAGGAGAUUCCAAGCACUAUAUGUCAGUGAGAACUUAGUCCCAUCUAGUGGGGAGAUUGAUGAGCUUGUUGGUCACACUUAUCUCUAUUUAAAAGAACAGCUUGAGCGCCCUUCUAUGCCUCCUUCCAGCAUACUUCAUGGCACCAUCAUUGAUCAAUUUAUAGCUUGUGGUAAGACAGGAGAAAAGGCCCAUGAACUUGCUUCAAAAAUAUGGCUUGCAGUCAUUGACAGCUUGGAAGAAAACCAGCAAUCUUUUUUGCUGUUAAAGCACCUUGCGCAAGAAGGAGAAUUUUUCCUUCCAUUUCCGUACUCAAGAUCAUAAAAGGUACUAUGGAGGGUGUUUGACAAACUGUUCACUGACUUUUGUGACUGUUUGAGCCGGGCUGACUACCAUGGCGCGCUAGCAACUGCCAAGUCUAGGUUUCAACCAGUACCAUCUACAUGGUUUAGCCAUUAGCACAAGGUUGUGGCUCUUGUUGUGCACUGCACACUGUCAUAGAUAAUGUACCAUAUUCCAAAGGACAUAGUUGGAUGCAGAAGAGUGGUAAUUUCAAUGGAUAAUUUGUGUAUAUGUAGCAUCUUGACAGGUUCAGGAACAUUGAACUGUUGUUUGAAAGGGAAAACUCGUGUUGUUGUAAGUUCCUGAAAAUUCAUUUAUGCAAUUCACCGUUUACUCAGUUUCUUCAGCUUUA